AAAAUAUUUUUUAGAAUGAAUUGCAUGAUAUAUAGAUAUAUUACUUCGAUAUGUAGAAGUAAUAUUAAUUUUGAUACUUAUAGAAAAAUUAAUACUAUUUUCACAUCAUGUAAUGAUGCAUUAACAACACAUGUAUUUAUGACAAAAUUCAGUUUACAGUUAUAUCAUAAAAAUUUGUUACAUACUACUAAAGUUCGAUUUAAAGAAAUUAAGUCUAAUUUGAAAUUAUUUGAGAAUCAAAAUAAUUAUUCUUCUGUUCAAUUGAAGAAAAGACCCAAAAAAAGAAAAUCUCUUUCUACCUAUGAAGAAAUUAAUACUUCAUAUCGUAUGAAAGCAUUGGCUACUUCAGAAGAAUAUAAUUUAGAAUCUUUGGUGAAAGGUCUCAUUGAACAAAAUUUAUAUAUGCCAAGUAGUAUAAAUACAUCAACAAGUUUUUUAUUUAUUUACAAGUUUUCAACAUCAGGCCCAAGUAUUAUAUACAGAUGAAUUAUUUAUGAUAUAUAUCUACUAUACUAUAAAGGUCACAAAUAAGUCACAUACAUAUAUACAUAUAUGAGUUGUAAACCUAUUACAAGAAAGUAAAUAAGUAUGUAUGUAUAAUAAUUUAAAUUCAUAUAAAUUUAAAAUCUAUAAUUU